AAAAAUUGAAAAGAUUAGCAUUUAAUCAGGUGUUUUUAAGUAGCCAGAGAGGUAGAAACAAGUCUUUACCGGACCAAUGAUAAGUAUGGAUAGUUAACGAAGAAAGUGUGCCAGUUACAUUUACUUUCUCCACAACAAAUUAUUAAGAUUUUUUAAAAACCUACUUAGUUGUUCUGUGAUUCUCGCGUAGUAAGGAUUAAAUAUUCAACAAUGAGUAGUUUACCAAAAUAUAAACUGUUAGAUAAAAAAAAAACAAAAGAGAUGUUAGAAAAAUUCACCGGUGAACGAACUGGUUGGGUACAAGUUGGUGAAAAAAAAUGGUUUUUUCCGCAUCGUUAUAUUGAACAACAAGAGAAUUUUCAUCAUUUUAAAGCUAGAGUGGAUGAUACCUGGGUAAUUACCUACCCCAGAUCAGGGACUACAUGGACCCAAGAACUUGUCUGGCUAUUGAGUAAUAAUUUGGACUUUGAUAGAGCAAAAAAAGAAUAUUUGGCUGAUCGUUUUCCAUUUCUUGAAUUUAGUAUGUUCAAUCACCCGGAUGUUACAAAAGAAUUAUUAAAGUUAAAUGAAAAUGAUCCAGAAAAACAAGAAUUGUGUAAAAAAAUUGCAAUACCAGGAUAUGAAGUAUUAAACGCUAUGCCAUCUCCUCGAUUUAUAAAAUCACACUUUCCUUUGAGUUUAUUACCUGGAAUAUUAGACGUUGGCUGUAAAAUAAUUUACGUCGCACGAAAUCCUAAAGAUGUUGCUGUGUCUUGGUAUCAUUUAAAUCAAGCUAUUAAAACUCAAGGUUAUAAAGGCAACUUUGAAGAAUUUUGGAAUUAUUUUCAAGAUGAUCUAACACCGUGGAGUCCUUAUUGGGAACAUUUAAAGGAAGCUUGGGCUCAACGACAUCAUCCAAAUUUACUUUUUAUAUUUUACGAAGAAAUGCAACAGAAUUUUUCCCAAACUGCUUACAAAGUUGCCGAAUUUCUUGGAAAAUCUUACAGUGAAAAAGAAAUGUGCAAACUAUCAGAUUAUCUCAAUAUAAAAAAUUUCCGUAAUAAUCCAAUGGUUAAUUCUUCUCAAUUACGUGAUUGUCAAAUUAUAGCUGAUGGAGGUUUUGUUAGAAAUGGACAAAGUGGUGUCUGGAGCAAUACGUUUACUCCGCAGCUUGAAGCUAAAGCAGACGCUUGGAUAAAAAAAAAUCUACAAGAUACAGAUCUUGUUUUUCCUUAUUUUAAUAACAUAUCUCAACUCAUUAAUUAA